AUGGCGGUAACCUGGUGUUCAGGGAGUCGUUUGAAAAUCCGUGAAAAUGGCGAUCUUACGAGCUGUUUUGUCGAUACUUUACUCCUAAUACCAACUGCUAUAGUUUUGUUUAUAUUGAUACCAGCUUUGGUGCUCAUUUUGCGUGGAAAAUCGGAGGUUUUUGGGCAAUCUUGUGUGAGAUUCAAACAUCACUCUUUGCGAUGGAUGCUAACUAUCCUACUGUUAUUAUCUUAUCUGGCCAAGAUCGGCGAAGGUUUUAUGCUCCAAGAACGGAUUACAACAACACCGUUACACUUGUAUCUACCCAAUAUGUUCUCGUUUGUAUGUUUGAUACUUGCAAUCAUCUAUUAUGAUAUUGUCGAAGUCAGUCAGAUCUCUCCAGUCAAAAAGCUAUCAAUUCUGUUUGUGUAUUGGUUGAGUAGUGUAAUAGUAUGGACUGUGAAGUUUGUACAAUUGUACCAAGUUGAAGGACCAUAUGAUAUCCGUUUGGCUACAAAUGUUUGCAUCCUGGUAUUUUACUCACUGUUGCUGAUAGUCGAGAGACGAGUAAUUUUCUCACAUCUUCCUAAACGGUCACAAUAUUCCUCAUGGAGCAGAGCUAAUGAAAGUGAAGUUGGAGGGGAUGCUUGUCAAGAAUUCCAAGCUGGCCACAUUAAAUUUGUACAUGAUUUUGCAAACUUUUUGUCCCGUUGUACGUUCUCGUGGAUGUAUGAUAUGUUAAAGCUUGGCAGCAGUCGACCUCUUGAACCUGAAGAUUUAGGCGAGUUACCACCGAUUGACAAAGCCGAGCUUAACCACAAAAAGUUUAUCAAAGUUUGGAAGAAGGAAAUAGUCCGAGCUGCUUCGAAGAAUACCACCCCAUCUCUUUGGCGCGCUUUCUUCAUCACAUACAAACGUAUCAUCCUAAUGGCAGCUGCAUGCCGUUUUGUUGGAGAUUUGUUAAGUUUCAUUGGUCCGUUGUGUUUAAAACAAAUUGUUGCUUAUGUUGAAGAAACUUUGAAGUCAGACAGUGAUGAUUCAAAGUCUCAAAUAGCAGAUGAUGUAACAAUGUCCAUGUCAGACUUUUUCGGCAAUGGUUUUGUUUUGGCUGUAGUGAUAUUAUUUGGAAACAUCGGAUCAAGCACUUUGACACAGCAAUAUUAUUACCUUUUACUUCGUUUUGCUAUGAAUUUAAGAGCAUCUCUUCAGGUGAGAAAGUAAAGUUUGCCUAUAAGGGAAAGUACAUUUAUUACACCGAGGGAGGGGGAUGAAGAUGUCUUGAAAAAAGCUCAUAUUUUUACAGGGCCCCUGUUGAGGUUAUCGGUAAAUUUCGAUGCCCCCCUCCAAGUUUUUAAAAUUUUCAAUGCCCCCCCCCCCUCUAGAAUUUGGAAUCGAAGGAGUAUAAUCCAGAAUUCUCUCUUAUCAUAGAUACAAUUUGCAGUUCCUCAAGAUGUCUGAUAUACUCAAGCAUGUGCUUCUCCUCAACAAAACUACCGAUCUGCUGCUUCUUUCACCUCACUAGCACCAGAUGAAAUGGCACCGUCUUUAAAACAUUUUAAAUUGGCUCUAGGGGUGAAAUUAUCAACAGGUUGUUGUUGUCCAUCAUUCAGCGUAUUCGGAGUCUUGAACACGUUCAUGUAGUGGCCAGGAUUUCCUGGAUCAGGGUAAUGUGCUGGAACCUUACAAGUAUGUCGCCCCCACCCAACGUAUAUCUCCCGGCAUCUGUUGCGAAUGUCUUUGUAUGCCGGUCAAAAAUGCAUGCAAAAGUGCCAGUAUGCUUCAAUUUCUUUAAUUUCCAUCCCGUUUGUACGAAAUAUCCCAUAAACAUAGAACAUAUCAUUCUUGCAAAUCGUAUAUGCUUUUUUGUUUUUGGAACUGCUACUUUUUGGCGCGUAAAUUACUUCACAAACCUGGCGCCAAUAAGCUAUAGGUGAUUUCAUGUAUCCAUUUAGAAGAGCAGACUAAGGAUAUCUUAAAACUGAAAUCGGUUUCGAAUACAACCAUCAGGGACGUAGCAAAGCAUCUGACGUUUGGGUGGGGGGAUGUCAGAGGAUUAUACGUGUAAUAAUUAUAAUAAAGCUUUUUGUGAUUGAUUGGCACUCUUAUACUAAGUUUUGGGAGAAAAGGGGGGUCUGGGGGUCCUCCCCCAGAAAAUUUUUACAUUUUCGAAGCUCUAGGACUGAAUUUCUGGCAUUUUCUAAAGCUAAUUUCGCAAACAAAUUGCACGUAAAUUGACUGUAUUUUACAAAAAUGGUUAUCAUUUCACAAAAAUAAUUACUUUAUUACGCAAAUUUUACCUGAAACUGAUGUAAAAAUUUUAACUUUAAUUUGUUGGGGUCAAACCUUUGAAAAGUUUAGAGCCCCCCCUUCAGUAUAUCAAGAAGAGCCCCCCCUUUAAUGCCAGAAAAUAUUUCGGAGCCCCCCCUUAACAUCUUCAUCCCCCCCCCCUCGGCAUAAUAAAUGUACUUUCCCUAAGUGGCAAUGCGCCCCAGAUGCUUUAUUAUUUUACGCUGUUUAAUGCUAGAUAUGAUUUUUUGUCAAGGGGAGAGUGCUGCCACUAAAUGUGUUAAGGUUACAGAACACCUUUGAGUGUUAAUUUUGUCUAAAAAAUUUUUAUUGGUUUCCAUGAAAGCAUUAGACUAGUUCUACUAUCUGACCAAGUUUGAACGAAAAAUGUUGAAAACUCACGGAGUUAUUUAAUAAAAUACAUUUCGCUGCAAUAAGAAAAACAUUGAAAAUGUAAUAUUCAAAUUCAAUUUUCUCCCGAAAAUGUUUACGGUAAUUACUGAUUUUCAAACGAGUUGUGCUCCUGCGGGUGUUAACCAAUUUUUCUCAAAUUUUCAGAGGACAUAGCUCAAGACGUCAGUUUCAAAAUUGUGUUCGGCUUUUUCUUAAUUUUGGAUAUUUUAAAAAUAAAGAGCAAUUCACUCAAACAAUUCAGAAAUAUAUUGCAGUCGUCAAAGAAAUCGCCAUAUCAGCGGAAUGACAAAAUAAACAAAAAUUUCCGAACACAAUUUUUUAGGACAACUAUUUUACUGUAUAAAAAUGAUAUUUUCAUAAAUAUAACUUAAAACCAGCAGGAGCACAACUCAAAAGCGUAACGGCACCGCGAUUUAAGAUUUUCCUGAAUAAUUCUUACAUUAUUUUAUUGUUUGUUAAUUUUACAACUUUACCAUAUUUUGCAUGCACUGGAGAACAUUUGGUGAAAAUUUGAUGAAAAUCGGACUGAUAUUGAGCGCGCAGUAGCGAUUUUCCGCAAAACGCCAAAAAGGGUGUCCUGUAACCUUAAUCAGAAUUUCCAACUUUUCUGUGGACUUUACUUUGACUCUCUUUUAGGCAUCCUGUUAACCCUUUAAGUGGCAAUACGCCCUACUUUGCCCUAAAAUUUAAUUUUUUUGUACUAUACAGCCGGAAUAGUAGAUUUUUAUAUUUACUAUAUAAUCUGUCUGAAGAUCCACUAUUCCUUAAUUAAUGUACUGUUUCUGAUUUUCAUGAAAUCAUCCUUGAAAUUCCUAAAGUGAACUGAAUAACUGAAUUAUAACAAAAAAUAAACAUGUACAGUAAGUGAUGAACAAAUUAUUAAUAAAAAACAAAGUUCAAACAUUGAAAUGAACUUGCGAAGUUUGUUGCAAAGUUUGCACCCAAUUUCCGAACUUGGAAACGAAAUUGGCAAGUUUGCAACGAACUUGGGAACCGCGCAUUGAAAAGUGACUUGAAUUCGACAAUAAUAUUGCUGCAAAGAAAUUAGAAUACGCAAGUACUGCAAGCGAAGUAGCUAAGUCCGGUAUAAAGUGAUAUAUUAUAAGAUCAGGAAAACCCUUGCUUGCCGAUAUUUGGUACCACAAUUUUUUCUACUAUACAAGCGGAAUACUGUGAUCAUGAAGUUUACUAUUCCGUCACACAUUUUAGUAUAUUCGGAAUAGCGGGAAUUUCGACCCCUGUGUCUAAUGCCAGACAAUUUUACUUGGGGGGGGGGGGAGUGCUGCCAUUCAAUGAUAGAGUUAACCGUGCCCAUGCAUGGCUGCAUGAAAAAGUUAAAUUGUCUGGUAUUGGCCAACGGUAAUAUUGAGUAAGCCAUUGUGUAGAUUAUAUUGUGUUAAAUUAAACAUGCAAGCACAAUUUAUGGACAGUUUAUGUUGUACUAAUUUAGUUAAGAAGAUUAAUGAUACUACAGGUAGUUGCAUGAGCUAGCAAUUUAGAUGCGAGCUACUUUAGCUGAUUAUUUUUAUCUAAAUUCGUAGGUAAUGAUCUACAACAAAGGCCUAAAUCUUUCCAGUUUCACAAUUUCUGGUGGUAAAAUGGACUCGGGACAAAUUGUGAACCAUAUUUCAACCGAUACUCAAAACAUUUGUAUGUCAGUGACCUUCCUACACAAUUUGUGGGCAGCGCCUCUCCAACUCAUUCUUGCAUUUAUUCUUAUCAUAAAUGAGCUUGGUGUUGCCGCAUUACUGGGUUUUGUUGUGUUGCUUGUGCUUAUCCCAAUAAACUAUGUUUUAGCAGCGAAGAUGGGACGGUUUCAAAAGAUAGGCUUAGGUACAGUAUUGUAUAAAAAUUAUUGUUUCUUAUUUUUUCAAUAUUUCACUGGCAAAAAGGCUUUCUUACUAGCAAAAAGAGAAGUCUGGUAAUGAGCCCCAUGCCAUGCUGAAUUUGCAAAUCAUUGAAACAAAGUUCAAACGUUGUAAUGUAUUGGUUAUUAUAAUUAUGUAUGUUUAUUGAACGUACUGUAGGUAUAAGUGACGAGCGUCUGAAGAACACAAAUGAGAUGCUGCAGGGAAUGAAACUUUUGAAGCUCUAUGCAUGGGAAGGAUGGUUUUGUGAGCUGAUUGAAAGAAUACGCACUCGUGAAGUCUCUGUCAAAGUGAAAACUGCUCUCCUGUAUGCUUUGGGGUUUUUUAUUACUACAUGUACAACAACCAUCGUGGCUCUCGUUAUGUUUGUCAGUUAUGUCAAGGUGUCUGGUAAAGAGCUGACUGCAUCAAAGGCGUUUGCAUCGUUAGCCCUGAUUAAUCUUAUGAAGGUGUGUAAAUAAAUUGAUUUGUAAUGAUAAAUCUCGCACCCACUGGGGGAAGCCCAAACCCCAUGUGAUGACGAAACAAUAUUAGGUUCUCAUGGAGAGAGUAGAAUGUCAAAGUAAGGACCCACAAUGCACCCACAUUGCAAUUUAACUUGUGAACAAUGGAAGCCUCUCUAAUCCGGACCCUUUCUAACAUGGACAUCUAUCUAAUAUGUCUAGAUCUAGACAUUUUAUUUUGUUUGCUCUUUACUACGAACACCUCUCUAUUGCGAACGCCUCUCUAAUAUGGAGAUAUUUUUAUACAGACACCUCUCUAAUAUGGACAUCCCUCUAGUACGGACAUCUCUCUAAUAUCGACCCCUCUUAAAAACAGACAUCUCUCUAAUACAGACAAUUUCCAAUGUGUGGACGCUUAAUUAAAUAAUUCUCAUAUAUUUUCUUUUAAAAACCUUUUUUCUUUAGCUCUGUUCCUUAAAUGUCCAUAGUAGAAAAGUCAGACUGUUUAUUUUUCUCCAACUAGGUGCCCCUCUUCCUGUUACCAAUGAUGGUCCGUACAGUAGUGAAUGCACGCGUUAGCACCAAGCGUCUUCUUCCUUACCUCCUUGCACCUGAAAUCAGUCACCUGCGAGACGAAGCUCCCGUCUGUGUCAUCGAAGAAGACGAAGAAAGUCUGAGCCCGGAGGAAUUCAAAAUGGUGCCGCUGAAACCCACCAAGGAUGACACGCCACGAUCACCAGGUAGCCCUACCAUUGAAGUUAGUGUGAAGUUCUCUAAAGACUCCGCGAAGAAGAAGAAAGAUGAUACGAAACAAAAGUCGAGCGCUAAUCCUGAUUUCUGUAUUCCACCACGGAUUGCAGUUGUUAUCAACGAUGCCAGCUUCACGUGGGACCCCGAAGCAGACCAGCCAACAAUAUCGAACGUAGAUGUUAAUGUACCCAAAGAAAAACUCACGAUGAUUGUGGGGCCUGUUGGAAGUGGAAAAUCCUCUUUGGUAAUGUAUAAAUUACCCGAUUUUAUACAUUUAGAGACUCGGGCAAAAUGCGGCAACGGAUCAUUCAUCUAGACGAAGCGUACACGCAUAAAAACGCAGAACUUAAUGUAACAAACUUGCAGCAGACUUGUAGCAAUGCUGUUCCCACAACUUGUCAACAGGAUGUGUUCGCACUGCUUGUUCCGGCCUGCUUGUUGACCACUUGCGACAAGAUUCAACAGACUUAUUACAAGUUGUUCCAACAACUUGUGAUCGUCCAGCAAAUCCGGCACAAAUCUGUCAACAAGUUGUGAGUUACAACCUUGUAGCUAAUUCAUAAAAUAACAACAUUGAUACAGUUUCCAUGUUGAGAAGAUUGCUACAAGCCUGUUGCGAACACAUCGUGUACAUCAUGGUUUUGUGUGGCUGUUUCUUACCGCCAAUGUUGUAAUUAUAUUUUUCAUAUUUAAUUCAGAUCAAUGCCUUACUGGGCGAGAUGACAGCGGUUGGUGGUCAAGUGUGCUGGGCUGAUGACAUCUCAGUCGCCUACGCCGCGCAGAAAGCAUGGCUGUUGAAUAACACAGUAAAGAACAAUAUUCUCUUUGGACAGCCUUACAUCCGUGAACGUUACGAGGCCAUCUUGGAGGCAUGUGCCUUGAAAAGUGAUUUGGAAAUAUUACCUGCAGGUAAACAAUUGUACAGUCUGUGCUAGUAUAGGUAGUCAGCCAAUAACGAGAAAGCUUGGGAUUGAUAGGGAUACAACUACCUGAAAAGUACAAGGAGAACUUCGACGUUUCGAGCGAAGGCCCUCGAAAGUUCUGCUUGUAUUUUUCAUGUACAGUAAAUCCGCAGCUGUCUAAAAUAAUAAUGGUUUAUUUAUUUAUCCUUAGGAGAUGAAACGGAGAUUGGUGAAAAAGGGAUCAACCUCAGCGGCGGUCAAAAACAACGGAUCAGCGUCGCAAGAGCAGUUUACUCUGGCGCGAAUUUUGUCAUGUUUGAUGACCCGCUCUCCGCACUCGAUGCGCACGUGGGUCAACACGUGUUUGAACAGGCGAUCAUGAAGAUGCUUGUCCAGCGGGGUCGUACAGUAGUGUUGGUGACACAUCAGUUGCAGUAUCUGCCCAAGGCUGAUAAUGUCAUCGUCAUGAAGGAUGGCCGUGCUGUCAUAUGCAGUACGUUCAGAGAUGUGGAGAAUGCUGAGAAAUCUGAUAAUGAGAAAUCUGAUAAUGUGAAGAAAGCAUUGAUACUCACGCGCCAGCAAUUUAUCGAACGAGAACAGCAUGUGGUAAGCACACGUAGACACAAUGGGGUAUGGGGCUGAAUGGUUCCCGAGAAAAUUUUGAAUACUCUCAGAAUGCCCGGAAAUGCAACAAAACAUUUUGGCAUUGUUAUUUUUAAUGUGAAUAGGCAAUUCCAAUUUUAGUUCAUGCCUGCAAGGGAUGAUGGGAAGUAAGGUAUCAUAUUGCCGAUUAUGCUGAAAAAUGUCAAUAAAAACUACCAAAGCAACCGAAAUAUUUCAAUAUUUACAAGUGUAAGCUAUCACUUCGUGUUUACACGGCCGCCAUUUUUAUUUUUUCAGCUUAAUCAGCAAUGUGAUACCUUACUUCCAAUCGUCCCCUGCACGCAUAAACUAAAAGCUGGAAUUGCCUAUAGACGUGGACCCGGUCGCUACGGCCUUGCUCAACAUUCUUUGUUCACCUAUCACUUUCUGUUGGCUUCAGGAAGAAGAGGAGAUUGAAGAAGUCCACGAUCGACGUCAUACCGUGAAGGAAGAGAUCAAGGAAGCCGGGAAAAACGACGAAGAGAACGAAAAAGGAAAAUUGAUGACGAAAGAAGAACGAGAGAAAGGCGCUGUGACUUUGCGGGUUUAUCUUUCUUACGCUAGAGCUUGUGGUUACCUUUAUGCAGUGAUAGUUUUAGUCCUAGCUGUGGCGGCGCAUGGUAAGCCGGUACUGUUGUUAUUAUAGGGCAGAUGUCGGUUGUGCGAAUGCAGGAUAGCGCUAUCCACAGGAAAGUGAUUUCUAACAUGUGGCUAACUAGGCAAGGACAUAAAACGCAGCAGAAUUCAUGAUCAAGUAGUCUAAAUAUCCUUAUUUAUUUACCAGUUCUAUACAUUAUUUUAGUUGUUUAAUUAAAUUUGUCCAGCCUUUCCUUCAAGCCCUUGUUGACCUCACAUCUGCAAUACAAUCUAGCCCAUCCAUUUCACCCUCAGUUCACUUAUUGAUUUGUUUGUUCGCUUCUUUUUUUUACUUAUUCUUUUACAUAUACCUUCUUUCAUUCUUUCUCUUUCCAUCCAAAAAAUGUUUCUGGGACCAAAGAUUUUUUCUACCCCUGACCUUAUGUUCCAAUGGUAUAAUCUCAUUUCCAGGUGGCAUUGUCGGCGCUGACUGGUGGCUAUCAAUCUGGUCGUCGGAUAGACCUCGUGGUAAUACAAGCGCCGACCAUGAUGUGGACUAUUAUUUGGUCGGAUACACAUCUCUCUCUAUUGCUGCCGUCGUGUUGACAUUUUUCAAGUCCAUAUCCAUAGCUAUGUGUUGUCUUAGAGGGGCCAAAAUUCUGCAUAUACGAAUGCUCAGACGUGUCAUCCAAGCACCAAUGAGGUUUUUUGAUACAACGCCUAUCGGUCGUGUGUUGAACAGAAUGUCUUCAGAUACUGCAGCCAUUGAUAGCCAUCUUCCAUGUAAGUUAAUAGUUCACGUGCGUUUCACACUUUCUCAUUAUAACUUUCCCAGUCACAUGUGAGAAGAGUGCUGCUAGUUUGACUGCCCCAGGGAGAACAGUGAGAAAAGGUUUCCUCCUGUAGUAACAUUGGAUCAAUAAGAGAUGUCCUUACUGGACCUUUAGGGAGAAAAGUUUAAAACUGAUAGAGUUAUCCACUGGUACGUAGAAAUAAAGAUUGCUUAGUAACCUGCUACAUAUUUUAUUUGUUCUAGUGGUGACUCAGAAUUUAAUUAACACGAUGUUAAGUGCGUUAGCUGCUCUCGUGGUCCAGGCAGCCGUUACUCCGUAUUUCCUACUUGUCGUUUUACCUUUCAUUAUCAUUUACUACUAUGUACAACGCUUCAUCAGGUACGUUUUUUAUUUUUGUUUGAGGCGCACAACCUAUCACAUUCUUGCAAGUGUAUACAUGUCGUUCCUUGACUUUUCUUAUUAUUUUAGACGCAGUACUCGCGAACUUCAACGUUUGGACAGCAUCAGUAAAUCACCGAUCUACGCGCAACUGUCUGAAACCUUGGGAGGUCUCUCAACCAUCCGUGCAUACCGCUCACAAGAACGUUUUCAACUAGAAAUUAUGAACGCCAUUGAUAAGAACAAUGUUGCGUUUAUCUUCACUCAAAUGGCAAACAGUUGGAUUGGAUUGCGACUGGAUUACGGUGGCGCUUUGAUUGUGUUUCUAGCAGCUGUUUCCUCAGUCGCCGCUGCCCUAUCUGGCACUAUCAGUCCCGGGCUUGUGGGUCUAGCUCUCACACAUGCACUCGCUGUGGCUCACGUAUUUAACUGGGUAGUGCGCAUGGCCACUCAGAUGGAGAUGAGCAUGAAUGCGGUUGAGCGUGUCGAUCAUUAUUCCAGUAUCGAGAACGAACCUUCGCCGAAAGAUACCGAUGUCCCCCCCAGCGAGAAAUGGCCGGAAAAAGGUUUGAUAAUGUAGAUAUGGAACUGAAAUGUACGCUUUUUAAGACAUUCCAAAUACAGGAUGGCUCCAUGGAUCCAUGCAGUGUCACUACAAAAUGAAGCCUAAACUAAACUAACUUUAUUUAUACUGGAUAACUCUAUCAAUUCAAAACUGUUCUCCCUAGUGGUUCAGCAAGGGUUAUCUCUUAAUGAUCCAGUGUUACUACAGGAGGAAACCGUAUUUUUCUUUGGUGUGGCUAGCUUAUUAACCCUUGUUGUUAUACAAUUAUCGUUCUUUCUCUCCUGUGUAGGUGAAAUUGUUUUGAAAGAUUUAACCCUCGCUUACGCCCACGAGUUACCCCCAGCGGUCAAAGACGUGACAGUCAACAUUAAGGCUGGUGAAAAGAUUGGCGUCUGCGGUCGUACUGGCAGCGGUAAAUCAACAAUCACUUUAGGCCUGUUUCGAAUGUUGGAGCAUUUCGAAGGUCAGAUUGUGAUAGAUGGUAUAGACAUAUCCCAGAUGUCUUUGCGACCUCUGCGUUCCCGAUUGGCUAUCAUUCCCCAAGACCCGAUCCUGUUCCAAGGCACAGUGAGGUUUAACCUGGACCCGCAUGGAGUACACGAGGAUGACGCGUUGUGGCACGCACUCGAGGUUGCUCAACUGAAGAAUGCCAUUACCGUUUUGUCCGGAGGAUUGGAGGGUGCCAUUGUCGAAGGUGAAGUUUCAUUUUUCUUACCAUUAACUGUGUUUAUCCAAACCCACCCUGUCAACAUUCUCUAUGGGAGGAAACCGGAGCACCCGGAGAAAACCCUGAGUCCGUAGCGAGAAUCGAACCCACGAUCUCAGAGGUGAAGGCGCUUAAUCCAAAUAAUCCUAAUCCUGGUGUCUGCGUUUCCGUGUUUAGGUGGCGAGAAUCUAAGUGUCGGUCAGCGUCAAUUGUUCUGCUUGGCCCGCGCACUCUUGGUAGAGUCCCGGGUACUAGUGAUGGAUGAGGCUACAGCAAACGUCGACUUAGAAACGGAUAAGUUGAUUCAGGAGGUCGUACGAAGUGCGUUUAAAGAUUUCACCAUCUUGACGAUAGCACAUCGUAUUGACACAAUUCUAGAUUCAGAUCGGAUCAUGGUGUUGGAUCAAGGACGAUUGAUUGAAUGGGAUUCUCCGGAGGCGUUACUUGCCAAUGAAGAUGGUGUGUUUUCCUCACUGGUGAAAGCGCAUAAGUAAGAUUAUUGUAGACAUGAAACGGCGCUUUAUCCCUUUAAGGUGAUGUUAUACUACUUUACUUUUCUUGCGCUUUUGCUGCGAGACAAGUUGCAAGAUGUAACCGCGCUUAAACUUUAAACUCACGCUUCCACAGUGAGUUCUGUUUCUUUCUGGAGUGAGAACUGGCGUCGUGGAAUUUCAGACGAAAGGAUUGACUUGCAUCCUUGAUGUAUUUUACAUUUUACGUACUUUGUUUACUUUAGUUUAUUUUACAUUAGUUGUGUUUUUUGUACUGAAACGUACAAGGUGUGUUAUAAUAGCUGGAUUUUACUGUAAAAUUAAGUAAGGUAUAAUGGCUAGAUUUAACUGUAAAAGUAAGUAUGGUAUAAUAGCUAGAUUAUACUGUAAAAGUAAGUAUGGUAUAAUAGCUAGCUUUUACUGUAAGAUUAAGUAAGGUUUUAUAGCUAGAUUUUACUGUAAAAAUAAGUAUGAUGUAAUAGCUAGAUUUUACUGUGAAAGUAAGUGUGGUUAACAGCUAGACUGCUAGAGUAGAUUUUGCUGUAAAAUAGACCCUUUUCAUAAAUGGCUACCGAUUAAAAAUUAUUUUAUGUGCAUAUAAAUUGGCCCAACUAGCCUCGUACUCAUGUUAAGAUUUCAAAGGAAUUUCUACCCAGAAACGAGGCUAGUUGGGCCAAUUUAUAUGCACAUAAAAGAAUUUUUAAUCGGCAGCCAUUUAUGAAAAGGGUCUAUUAAGUAUGGUUUUAUAGCUAGAUUUUACUGUAAAAAUAAGUAUGAUAUAAUAGCUAGAUUUUACUCUUUUGGUGUGUUCGGAAUGAAAAUUACUAAUAAUUUUAAAUUACUAUUGCUAAUAUAUAAGUUGAUAUUAAUAAUAUAUAAGAUUAUAAACUUAUUAAAGUUAUUUUUAAAGGCAUCUUUUCCUUGCUUUCCUCUGCACGAUUUUUUGUCCCCACCCACAUUGGUUUUCUAAUGGUCCGCCCCUUAGUCUUAAUUGUAGAUUUAAAAGUGUUGUGUUAUCUGAGGUAUAUAUUGCCUGAUUGCCACCGAUACUAAAAAAUAUUAGAAAAUAUAAAUAUAUAUAUAUUAGAAAAUAUAUUUACGAGUAUAUUUUAAAAACAGAAUGUUGUGAAUUUUUGUUUUAUUUUCAUAAAAAAUAAUGGUUAUCCUGCGUGCAAAAUCCAUUGUGGCUGGUACUAUGUAUUAUUUUUAUUAGUUGUGCUCAAAUUUGUGAAAUAUUGCGACAAAUUCACUUGUAAAACGAAAUGUUUAUGUUACUGUAGCAACAAUAUAGACGAUGUAUCUGUGUUCCUCGGUUUUGUAUAUACUGUAAAACUAUUGGAAAUUAAUUUAUAUUUACUCAUGGAUAUGAAAAUUAUGCAUGCAUCUAUUGUAUAACACACCUUCCUCACGAUAGGUGCAUAUAUGUAAAACAAAUUGUAAAACAUGAUAUGUCCUCAAUUUCAAAUAAUGAAUACUAUACUAUAGAAUACUAGUCACUAGUGCAGUGUACUGUACUUAAAUAACUAAAUGUUCAAAUAACAUUGAUUCACAAUGUAGGUGAAGCAAGUGUAGGAAAAAGUGCAGUUGUGCAGUCAUUUGGCAGCGAUGGAUCACAAUUUCCCAAAAAUUAUAGUAUGGUGAGCUACAACUUUAUUAUAAAACCUGUCUUCAAAUUACUUUUACACUUGUCUAGUCUGGCGGGUGCAUUUUAAGUGCAAUACGCCGAAGAUCUUCGACGCGAGUUUGGUAAAUUACAAUACUAUCUAUAGUUAAUAUUGGCGUAUCUUCGGUGUAGAGUUUACAUAGAAUGUACCCUGGCUUGUCUGUACCAGUGUGCAGGCUUUUAGCCAGAAGGGUGUCCUGGAACGCACCUAGAACAAACAGAUAAUUGAACAUCUGAUUGGAACAGAUAAUGAUGAAGUAACAUAAAUUUCAAAGGUUUUCUAGAGGAACGUUUUCUUGAACCCACCCUCUUUACUGUAGAUGUAUCGUUGUACCAAAAUUGGAUGCCCUCUUUUAGGAUCAUGGCUAAAGGCCUGCCAGUGUGGCAAGUUUGUAUCACCCAUGGCGUGCACUCAUGACAUUUUCUGUAUAUUUGUUUUAUUUUUCUCAGACUGCUGGAGUUGACUUGCAUACAAAAGUUGUGAACAUUCAAGAGACAAAUGAUAGUGUGGUAAGAUUUGCUAGUCAACAUCAUUAUCUAGUAACCAGUUAUGUUUUCAACUGGCAUGUGAUUUAGUAUAUAAUUUGCCGUUUUUUACCUACCUUUUUUCAGGAAUUUUAUCUUUACGAUUCUGCUGGACAAGAAAUAUUCACUGACUUGGUAGAACAAUCUGUAAGUCUGUAUUCAAGAUAAUAUAGGCUAUGUAUGCAUACACUGUACCAGAUAGCAUUCCGUAUAGCGACAUAAAAACACACCUAUCCAUACCUUUUCAGAACGCUAUUUUCAGAGAAAUUAUUGCAACAGAGAAAUGUUGUUUUGCUCAGCUUCUGAAAGUUGUACAUUCUGUAUCGGACAGGUGCUUUUUAGCACUGCAAUGGAAAGCUAUCCCUAUAGUGUAAACAUAGCAAUAAUUGCUACUUGGUAUAACAAUUGCAUUCCGUAUUUCAGUAAUGGAGACCUGCGGAUACAUUCACUGUGUCGCCAGCAUCCUAUGGUUAACUGGUUUCUUUUUCUCUAGUGGGACAUACUUAAUCUGGCAAUGACAGUGUAUGAUGUUACUAACGAUCAAUCGUUCAACGCUUGCACAAAAUGGAUUGAAAAAUGUCAGCAGAAAAAAACCCAAAUAAAAUGAUUGGUGAUUGAUAUAUUUUAUAUCUAACAUUAGAAAGUAAUAAAGUUGGUACUUCCUUCAGAAUGCAUAAAUUUGGCUACUUAUAACUUCCCGAAACAUUGAAGUUCUCCUUGUAUUUUUCAGAUAGUUACAUCGAUCUUACCAAUGUGAAAUUUUUUCAUUCAAUACCAAUGCAUUUCCUAACUGUUUAGGUGUCUUGGUUGCAAACAAGACAGAUUUAAAACAACGACGAGUGGUUUCAAUGAAGCAAGGCAAAGAACUUGCCGAAUCACAUGGUCUAGAAUAUUUUGAAACUUCAGCU